AUGGUAUGGACACCCACGACCCUAGAUGGCCUAUUGGCCUCAAGAAAAAAACAUUAUAAAGGAAGAGGAAAGUCAGAGGAAGAAUCAGUUCUCAACUUCUCGGGGCUCCCUGGAGCUCUGGAGCUGGAGCUCUGGAGCUGGAGCUCUGGAGCUGGAGCUCUGGAGUUGGAGCUCUGGAGCUGGAGCUCUGGAGUUGGAGCUCUGGAGCUGGAGCUCUGGAGCUGGAGCUCUGGAGUUGGAGCUCUGGAGCUGGAGCUCUGGAGUUGGAGCUCUGGAGCUGGAGCUCUGGAGCUGGAGCUCUGGAGCUGGAGCUCUGGAGCUGGAGCUCUGGAGCUGGAGCUCUGGAGCUGGAGCUCUGGAGCUGGAGCUCUGGAGCUGGAGCUCUGGAGCUGGAGCUCUGGAGCUGGAGCUCUGGAGCUGGAGCUCUGGAGCUGGAGCUCUGGAGCUGGAGCUCUGGAUGUCGACGAUUGUUACGAAGUCGACGAUUCAGGCGAUGCAGACGAUGCCGACGAUGAUGCAGAUUAUCUAUGCGGGGGGGGGGGGGGGGGGCGUUCUGCUUAA